CGAACGAAAGCCGAAGGAAGGCAGGGAUCACAACAUCCCAUCAUUCCCAAGACUUCAUGAGGAUACAGAUGUCACGACAUUACGAUAAUCCAUCCUCAAUAUCCUCAAUGCCGACAUCGCGCCUCUCCAGCGAGCUCUGGCGUGAUGAGUACUUCAUCGAAAAACAUGCGCAAUGACAGAGCGCAUGCCGUCGACAAUGGAGCCGCCGGCGGCGUGUCCGGUAAGCCGCCAUUCAACCUGGAGUUCGUCAACAUGAAUGUUGCUUCGAAAGCCGAAAAGCAGAUGAAUCAGAAGGUUAUUCGUUCAAUGGCCAUGAGAAGCUACCGUCAGAAACAACAAUUUCAACGAACGAAAGACGAGGAGACAAAGAUCAGGAAUAGAGCCAGGGCCGUACAGCCGCGCUCGGAGUGGAAGAGGUGCAAUCACUCUGAAGCGCACUUCCAAACGCCUGAAUCGAGCCAUGCUUGGGCAUCUGAAGUCGAUAUCUCCGAUAUCUCAUGGCUGGUAAGCGCAUCUCCCUCCAGCAACCUCAGUGAUAUUGAUUCUGGAUUCGAGGCGUCCCUGCGGAGCGCAUCACCCCACAGCCACCACAGCGACGUUGAUUCUGGGUUUGGCGAGUCUCCUCAUCAAGGUAACGCUCUCAGUGAUCGGAGGCCAAGAGAUUUCGCCCCAGUUACCAGUCCGAUUACCCUUCUGGGUGCUGGACGAAUAGACCCCUUUCGAACGUCCUCGUCAGACACCGGCCCUUAUAUCCACGAACUAAUUGACCACUGUAAGUCUGUUUCGCACUGCAACGAAGAUCUUUGGUUGGUAAUCUCCCAGGACCAUUGCUGAUACCGGGUGCCAAUAGCUGUUACCACGAUAUGGCCUGGAUUUCGCGUCCGUGGCGAUCAGGGCAGGGAACUUCCUUCGGCAUGGCUUGCGAAGACGUACCAAAGACCAAUUGCGAUGCACGCACUGCUAUUUGGUGCAGCCGUUCACAUGGACGUCCUCCGACGGCCGCGAAUAAACCUCGAUAACCCGAUCCGCUUACACCACAAAGUGCAAACGAUGAAGCUGUUGAAAGAGGAGCUCCGAAGCCCUGAGAAGAUGCCG